GCCAACACACACACACCACACACACACACACACACACCCUGGAUGUCUUCUGUAAUAUGAUCUACUGGAAGAGUAUUCUCCUGAUUUUCCUGGCUGUGGGGGUUCAGGGAGAGGAGAAAACGUUUUUCAACUGUGGGGUAGGAGAGAGAGAGAGACAGAGAGGUGGAGUGAGAGACAGAGAGAGGGGGAAGAGAGAGAAAGAAGAAUAAGUGUUCAACUGUGAGGUAGGAGAGAGAGACAGAGAGAGAGGGGGGGGAGAGAGAGAGACAGAGAGAGAAAAAAAACCAUUUUCAUCUGUGGAAGGUAGACUAGAGAGAACUUUUUCAUCUGUGGAUAGGAGAGAGAGACUGAGGAAUUGAAUCUGUGGGAGGUAGGAGAGAGAGACAGAGGAAUUGAAUCUGUGGGAGGUAGGAGAGAGAGACCGAGGAAUUGAAUCUGUGGGAGGUAGUGUAGUGUAAUUACAGAGUGCAGACCUGCUCCACUCCGUACCAAGCCUGCCACAUCACUAUGGACGCAACGGAAUAUAAGACGUACUUAACCGUUGUCACCCUCUUCAGUGUCCUGUCGAUAUGCUGCUGUGCCCCUCAACGGUUCUGCCAGCCUGGAGACCACAAUUGGGGAAGAUGCAACAACGGUCCAGAUGAAGUCAAACCAGCCGUGUGUUCAGAGAUUAACCUGGGUUACUGCAACGACCUGGACUACUCCAGGACCAUCUUCCCUAACAUCCUAGGUCAGCAGUCUCGUCACGAGGUGGAGUCUGGAGCUGAGUACCUCCUCCUCUCUGUGAUCCACGGUCUCCUCAACGGGGAGUGUUCCCCCGACAUCCGUCUGCUGGGGUGCUCCGUACUCGCCCCGCGCUGCCAAGACCUACCCAGCCCCGCACCUGUCAAGUCAUGCCGCAGUGCAUGUGAGGCGGUGAGGAAGGGGUGUGGCCACGUGUUCGAGGGCAUCGACAUGGCGUGGCCUUACUUCCUAGACUGUGACCGAUUCUUCGCCGGCGAACAGGAAGGCUGUCACGACCCGUUGGCCCCGUUAAGAGCCAGACAGGAAGUGGCUUUCUCCAACCUGUCUCCAGACGAACCCUCCACCAUCAUUCAGUUCACGUACCACUCCAACGCCCAGAUGUACAGCGUUCUGAAGAGGACUGCUGCCAAGUGCUCUCACAUCUCCCGCACCUACAGUAUCGGACGCAGCACGGAGGGGAAAGACCUCCUGGCCAUAGAGUUCACAGACAACCCCGGAGGGCAUGAACUGUUGGAACCGGAGAUCAAGCUAGUUGGCAACAUGCAUGGCAACGAGGUCCUGGGUCGUCAGUUGCUGCUCUACCUGGCCCAGUACCUGUGUUCCGAGUAUCUCCUUGGCAACCAGCGUAUCCAGACGCUCGUAAACACCACGCGCAUCCACAUCCUGGCAUCCAUGAACCCCGACGGUUACGAGCUGGCGGCCGCCGAGGUAGAGGAUAGCAACGACCCGGAACAACAACCACACCACGACCAGGAAGGUCACGAGCUCAACGGUUGGACGGUGGGUCGCACCAACGCUCAGAACCUAGACUUGAACCGGAACUUUCCUGACCUCACGUCUAUCCUCUACCGGAAUCGCAGGAUCAAACGGUUCCGCACAGACCACAUCCCCAUCCCAGACUCUUACUGGUUUGGUAAGGUAGCGUCAGAGACCUAUGCAGUGAUGAAGUGGAUCAGGUCUGUGCCGUUUGUCCAGUCUGCGAGCCUCCAUGGCGGAGAGCUGGUGAUCUCUUAUCCCUUUGACUUCUCUAGACACCUCCAUGAAGAGAGGAUGUUCUCCCCUACACCUGAUGAACAGGCAUUUAAGCAGCUGGCCCGGACAUACGCAGACUCUCACGCCAGCAUGGCCGACAACAACACAGAGAGGUGUGGAGCGUCCUUCAUCCGGAGCGGAGGCAUCAUCAACGGAGCUCUGUGGUACAGCUUCCCAGGGGGCAUGUCAGACUUUAACUACCUCCACACUAACUGUCUGGAGAUUACGGUGGAGCUGGGCUGUGACAAGUUCCCUUCUGAAGAGGAGCUCUACCCAGAGUGGCUCAGGAACAAGGAGGCCCUGCUCAGUUUCAUGGAGUCGGUCCACAGAGGUAUUAAGGGAGUGGUGAAGGAUGAAGAGGGCUAUGGAAUAAAGGGAGCGUCCGUAUCUGUCAGGGGAAUUCGUAAAGAUGUCACCACAGCGGAGGAAGGUGAUUACUGGAGGUUAAUGAACUCAGGAACACACAUCAUAACAGCAUCAGCUAAAGGUUACUCCAAGGUCAGCAAGAGAAUUUACCUGCCUGCUCACAUGGAAAAAGCUGGCCGGGUCGACUUCGUGCUCAAAAAGGUCCCUGUUCAGCCAGUAGGACCAGACUACCACCUGUUCCUCAGCUCCUCCCUGGACACUUAUGAGCGCUUCGACCCUUACAACCACUUCCAGAGCUACGGCCGCUCCGAGCCGGGAGAACCGAGGGAACCCAGGGAACCCAGGGAACCGGGGAUGGGAGCAGAGGAGCAGGAGAAGCCGUGGUGGUGGAACUACUUUACUCAGGCAGGGGUCUCUGCUCCCACCUGGCUGCUACGGAACCACUAGAAGACUGGACAGGAGAAAGACUGGAACGGCACACUAUUCCCUUAUUCCCUAUUCCCUUAUUCCCUCGCACUAUUCCCUUAUUCCCUAUUCCCUUAUUCCCUCACACCAUUCCCUUAUUCCCUAUUCCCUUAUUCCCUCACACUAUUCCCUUAUUCCCUAUUCCCUUAUUCCCUCACACUAUUCCCUUAUUUGGUGCACUACAUUUGACCAAAGCCCAAGUGCAUUGUGGGGCGGCAGGAUAGCCUAGUGGUUAGAGUGUUGGACUAGUAGCCGAAAGGUUGCAAGUUCAAACCCCCGAGCUGACAAGGUACAAAUCUGUCAUUCUGCCCCUGAACAAGGCAGUUAACCCACUGUUCCUAGACCAGUUAACUCCACUGUUCAUAGACCAGUUAACUCCACUGUUCAUAGACCAGUUAACCCACUGUUCCUAGGCCGUCAUUGAAAAUAAGAAUUUGUUCUUAAACUGACUUGCCUAGUUAGGUAAAAUACAAAUUAUUUGUAGUUUGCAUCCCAAAUGGCACCCUAUUCCCUAUAUAGUACACCCUGUUCCCUAUAUAGUACACCCUAUUCCCUAUAUAGUGCACCCUGUUCCCUAUAUAGUCAAAAGUAGUGCCCUGUAAAGGGAAUGGGUGCUAUGUGGAAUGUCUCCUACAAGUAGAGGCAUGAAUUGGUUCUCAGUCUUUUUUUGGUUUCUGUCCCCCAUCACAUGUAGCUCUGGCCGGAGUACCACCCAACGUUCCCCUCAUGUUCCCAGAAGGCCUUAUGUUCUGUUUAGUCUUCCUGUGUAGAUAGGCCAGGUACCCUGUCCACCAGGGGAACACCUACCUCCACUAUGGACAGGAAUCUGAUCAUGUGUUGUGUCCUGACCAGGAAUGAUUCUGGGCCCUAUUAACAUAUUGGGUGUUCUAUUGUGUUUCAUUAAGACAUUCUAGUUCUGUGUUCCUCAGUGUUCUAUUGUGUUUCAUUAAGACAUUCUAGUUCUGUCUUCCUCAGUGUUCUAUUAUGUUUCAUUAAGACAUUCUGUCUUCCUCAGUGUUCUAUUGUGUUUCAUUAAUACAUUCUGUCUUCCUCAGUGUUCUAUUAUGUUUCAUUAAGACAUUCUGUCUUCCUCAGUGUUCUAUUAUGUUUCAUAAAGACAUGCUGUCUUCCUCAGUGUUCUAUUAUGUUUCAUUAAGACAUUCUGUCU